AUGGCAUCCUACAGUGACAUUUUGGAUCGUCUCAGGCGCAGCUUCAGUGAAGGAAAAACCCGACCUGCACAGUACAGGGUGGCACAGCUAGAGGCUCUUGGUCGAUUCUUGGAUGAGAACAAGACAGAACUAGUCCAAUGUCUGAAGAAAGAUCUGAAUAAGUCACCAUUUGAAGGGGAGAUCACGGAACUGAGCAUGGUGAAGAGUGAGAUUAAUCUGGCAAUCAAUAGUCUGAGCUCUUGGAUGAAAGAUGAACCUGUCUCCACAAAUAUGGCCAUGUAUUUAGAUACAGCAUUUAUUCGAAAGGAGCCAUUUGGAGUGGUGCUUAUUAUCUCCCCCUGGAAUUACCCUGUCCAGCUGACUCUCAUCCCCCUGGUUGGAGCCAUAGCUGCUGGCAACUGUGUCAUCAUGAAGCCAUCCGAAAUCAGCCAAAACACAGAGAAAGUCCUGUCUGAAGGUCUUGCCCGAUACCUUGAUCAGGACUGUUUUGCGGUGGUUUGUGGUGGGGUGGAAGAAUCUACGCGCCUCUUGGCAGAAAAAUUUGAUUAUAUAUUAUUUACAGGGAACCCAACUGUUGGUAAAAUAGUGAUGACGGCAGCGGCCAAACACCUGACGCCACUGACUCUGGAAUUAGGUGGAAAGAAUCCAUGUUACGUGUAUGAUGAUUCCGACAUCAAGAAUGCCGCCAGGCGCAUUGCCUGGUCGCGGUUUCUCAACGCGGGUCAGACAUGCCUGGCGCCAGAUUACGUCCUUUGUUCUGACAAAAUUAAAGAAAAAUUGGUUGCGGCAUUACGGACCACCAUCCAGGACUUUUACGGAGAGGAUCCAAAGCAGUCACCAGACCUUGGGAGAAUCGUUAGCGACAGACAUUUUCAAAGAGUGGCCUCCCUAUUAAAAGGCGGGAAGAUAGUGGUGGGCGGACAGACCGACGAAUCUGAAAGAUAUAUUGCGCCCACCAUCCUUAUAGAUGUGGCAGAGUCAGAUCCAGUGAUGCAGGAAGAGAUUUUUGGCCCAAUCCUUCCCAUUGUCACUGUUUCUGGGCUAGACGAAGCCAUUCAGUUCAUCAACAAGCGAGAAAAGCCGCUCGCUGCCUAUGCGUUCUCCACCAAUUCGCAGAUCAUCAAUCAGUUCCUGGACAGGACAAGCAGUGGCAGCUUCUGUGCUAAUGACGGUAUCAUGCAAACCACCAUCAUGUCUCUGCCAUUUGGAGGAGUCGGUGAGUAA